AUGGAUUUUUACAGAACUCAAACUGGUUUUGUUUUUAUCUUGUGUUAUAUUUUGGAGUUUGCUGAUUCGUUCUGGUUUUUAUCACAUUUGCCGGUGGCUGGAUUAUCCACAACCGCCCACCGUUUAUUAGCCUGCGAACACAUUCCCGGCCUGUUAGCCAGCCAGCUACAUCUGUGCGCCCAGCAACCGGAAAUCAUGUGGUCCAUCGGCGAGGGUGUUCGGGCGGGUCUGGAUGAGUGCCAGAAUCAGUUCAAAUCCCAACGCUGGAACUGCAGCACCAUCCACAUUGAUAAUCAAGCCGGCAAACACCAGCCGACCGGCACUUUGGACAAACUGACUUUGAAAGUGGGCACGCGCGAAGGCGCCUUCGUGCAGGCGAUCACCUCGGCCGGCGUGGUCUUCGCCAUCGGGCGGGCCUGCGCCUCCGGCGAACUGGGCAGCUGCUCCUGCGAAGCCGACAACCGCCUGCGGGCGCGGGACGCCGUGGACCGGGAUUUCCAGUGGACCGGCUGUGAAGCGCACAUGAUCCGCUACGCCGUGCGGAUGGCGCGCAAAUUCGUCGAUGCCGGGGAGCGCGGUGCCGGCAACGCCGCCGUCAAAGACGACCGCGCACCGGCUUUGAUCAAUCUGCACAAUAACCGCGCCGGACGCAAGGCGGUCCAGGGGAAUUUAAUUAAGGAAUGUAAAUGUCACGGUGUCAGUGGAUCCUGCACGGUGAAGACGUGCUGGCGAGCUAUUCCCGGAUUUGGACAAGUCGGGCAGAUUCUCCGCCGGAAGUACGACCAUGCAAGAAAGGUAACUUUAAAUGAUACCGAAGAGAACUGGAAGACCAUUUACUCCAACCCCUUGGAUCGUCCGCUGAAGAAGACCGACUUGGUUUUUUAUGAAAAAUCCCCGGAUUAUUGUUCCACCAACCACUGGCAAGGCUCCGUUGGCACUGGUGGGCGGGUGUGUAGCUUAAACAGUACCGCGCCGGACAGCUGCGAGAUUAUGUGCUGUGGACGCGGGUACGACCGGCGGACGAUAACGCACAUCAAGAAAUGCCAGUGCAAAUUUCAGUGGUGCUGCGAAGUGAAAUGCAGCCAGUGCGAGACGACCGUGGAAGAGUACAUCUGCAAACCGGACAGUGUGGUGCGCAAACCGCUCAUCUACGGACAAAACCACGAACGGGAACGCUCGCAGGCCAAACGCCGCUUCCGACAUCAUCAUUCCAACACUACAUUUCUCUCUGUUCAGAAUACUACACAUCACAGCUAA